AUGGUCGCCAAACAAAUGCUCUCUCGAGUACAGACGAUACACGAGAAGAACCUAAUUUACAGAGAUAUCAAGCCCGACAACUUCUUGAUUGGACGACCAAACACAAAAUCGGCCAACGUUAUUCACGUGGUCGACUUCGGAAUGGCCAAGCAGUACCGAGAUCCCAAAACUAAACAGCAUAUCCCGUACAGGGAAAGGAAGUCACUUUCCGGCACAGCACGUUAUAUGAGCAUCAACACACAUUUAGGAAGGGAACAGUCUCGACGCGACGAUCUUGAAGCAUUAGGCCACGUCUUCAUGUAUUUCCUUCGAGGAGGAUUGCCCUGGCAAGGCUUGAAAGCAGCUACAAACAAGCAAAAAUAUGAAAAGAUCGGGGAGAAGAAACAGACCACCGCCAUCAAAGACCUGUGCGAAGGUCUACCAGAAGAAUUCAACAAGUAUCUGAGCUACGUUAGAAAUCUUGGUUUCGAGGACACGCCCGACUACGACUUUUUACGAGAUCUAUUUACACAGGCCCUGAAAAAUACUGGCGAAGUCGAAGAUGGCGAGUAUGACUGGAUGAAAUUGAAUGGAGGACGUGGCUGGGAGGCUGUCAAGGCACAUCCUUCCGCACAUCAUCUACACAACCCAAAUGCACCAGCUGAGGCAUCAGCACGAGCACUGCACCACGCACCAGGUGCAAGGGGACAAGACGGCCGACCAUCACGAGAGCGAGCAGCCAUAUCUAGCGACCGUUUAAACGCCGCGCAGCCGCCACCUCCGGGAUCGCCAGCAAAGCCAGGAGUGGCGGCUCUUUCGAAGACGCCAGGCAACCGAACAAGCGCAGGAGGCGUACCCAAGAGGACGAGCGGCCUUCAGAACCAGGUUGACAUCAACUCACCUCCAAGUACGCAACAACUGCAUGGCAGCAAUGUUAACCUAGGUCCAACUCAGAGUCGACAAAGUCCAGCAGCAGCAAAUCUCCAGAGCAACCAGGGGCGUGUUCCACCACAACAGGAACAGCAGCCUAGCUUCAUGCAGAAAAUCAUGAAGGUGCUAUGCUGUGGUUAG